UUUUUCUUUCCAACCACUACUCUUCCGCUAGCAAACCACGAGCAUGAGCUACGAGAAACUCCCAUUACAACCGUUCUUCGACAAGAUCGAUGAAUUGAAGCCAGCCUUUGUCGAAAGACUCCGUAAGGCUAUUGCCAUUCCAUCUGUUUCUGGGGAUGAAUCCUUGAGACCAAAGGUCGUUGAAAUGGCCCACUUCUUGGUCGAUGAAUUGACCGACUUGGGAUUCCACGACAUCCAACUCAAGGAGUUGGGUGUUCAACCACCACCAGUGGAAAACAAGGACCUUAAGUUGCCUCCUAUCGUUUUGGGUAGAUACGGUAACGACAAGAACAAGAAGACUGUUCUUGUUUACGGUCAUUAUGAUGUCCAACCAGCCCUCAAGGAAGAUGGUUGGAGCACCGACCCAUUCACCAUGUACCACGACACCACCAAGGACAUCUUGUACGGUAGAGGUUCCACCGAUGACAAGGGUCCAGUUCUUGGAUGGUUGAACGUUAUCCAAGCUCACAACGAAUUGAAGUGGGAACUCCCAGUCAACUUGGUUGUUUGUUUUGAAGGUAUGGAAGAAAGUGGUUCCCUUGGCUUGGAUGAGCUUAUUGCCGCUGAAGCCAAGAACUACUUCAAUGGUGUUGACACCGUUUGUAUUUCGGACAACUACUGGCUCGGUACCACCAAGCCAGUCUUGACCUACGGUUUGAGAGGAUGUAACUACUACCAAGUCUCUAUCAAGGGUCCUGGUGCUGACUUGCACUCUGGUAUCUUUGGUGGUAUCAUUGCUGAACCAAUGACCGAUUUGGUCAAGGUUUUGGCUCAAUUAGUUGACGGUAACGGUAGAAUUUUAAUUCCAGGUAUCGAUGACAUGGUUGCUCCACUCACUGAAAAGGAAGACAAGUUGUACGAUGAUAUUGACUUUUCUGUUGAAGAAUUAAACGCCGCUGCUGGUUCUGACACCGCCUUGCACCAAGACAAGAAGGCCAUCUUGAAGCACAGAUGGAGAUACCCAUCUUUGUCCGUUCACGGUAUCGAAGGUGCCUUCUCCGGUGGUGGUGCCAAGACCGUCAUCCCAUCCAAGGUCAUUGGUAAGUUCUCCAUUAGAACCGUUCCAAACAUUGAAUCUGCCAAAUUGGACAAGUUGGUCAUUGACUACGUUAACGCCAAGUUUGCUGAAUUGGGUUCUCCAAACAGCAUCAAGGCUGAAUUGAUCCAUGACGGUGCUUACUGGGUUUCCAACCCAUUCAACGAAGCCUUCACUGCUGCUGCCAAGGCCACUGAAGACGUUUGGAACAUCAAGCCAGAUUUCACCAGAGAAGGUGGAUCUAUUCCAAUCACUUUAUCCUUUGAACAAUUACUUGGAACUGACGUUUUGUUGUUGCCAAUGGGUAGAGGUGACGAUGGUGCUCAUUCCAUCAAUGAAAAGCUUAACAUGAGCAACUACAUUAAUGGAUGCAAGACCUUGGGUGGUUACUUACAUUACUAUGGAAAGGCUUAAGUAUAAAUAGGA